AUGGCUCGUGGCAAGAGACCCGCCUCCUCUACUCCCUCCGCGCGCGCAACCAAGCGUAGACGCACCCAACCCACCGACGCUGGACAGACCAGUUCAAGAUCUACUUAUCUCACCGAAUCUCAGACUGUUGGCAUGGACCCUGAGUUGCCAGAAGUCAUUAGAUCAGAACCGCAUUUUGGUAAAAGACGGCUCAGCACACAGCUGGCUCUGAAUCUCCCGCCUCUUCAUAGACUGAGUGACAUCUAUCGUUCCAUCACUGCUCAAGCACUGGAGCUUAACCUUGGAGAGUUCCUUCAGCAUAUUGGAUCGAAGCCUCUGAGGAUCGUAACUGCUUGCUCGGGGACUGAGAGUCCGUUGUUGGCCUUAGAAUUGGUACAGGACAAUCUGAGGAAGCACUUCGAUCGAGACUUCAGCUUUCGUCAUCUUUUCAGUGCAGAGAUUGUACCUUAUAAGCAGCGCUAUAUCGAUAAUAACUUUCAUCCGCGUCUGCUCUUUCGUGAUGUGACUCAACUGAAGGACCGUGUUGCUCAAACCGCUUAUGGCUCUCUCGAGAAGGUUCCCAGGAACCCAGACUUGUUAAUUGCCGGAUUCUCUUGCGUGGACUUCUCUUCACUGAACAACAAGCGCAAGACCCUCGACGACAGCGGAGAAUCCGGCGGGACAUUCUGGGGGAUCCUCGGCUACGCAAAGAGAUACAGGCCGCGAAUCGUCGUACUGGAAAACGUACGGACGGCCCCAUGGGGGAAGAUCGCCGAGGCAUGGGGCGGCAUUGACUACUUCGCGUGCCAUGCAGAGGUAGACACCAAAGCAUACUACCUCCCACAGACCCGCGAGAGAGGGUACAUGCUCUGCAUUGACAGGCAGCGGAUGCGAGAGCACGGUCUGGAGGAGACAGCCAUGGCGGACUGGGUCAAGAUUCUGUCUCAGUUCAAACGCCCUGCGAGCUCACCGGCCGGUAUGUUCUUGAUGGACCCUGACGAUCGUAGACUGGAGCAGAUAGAAAACGAUAUGACGACGCGGCUAGCGUCGCAUACAGUCUACAGCUGGGAGCGAUAUCAAGUCAGGCACCAGAACUACCGCAUGAACAUGGGCCUGGGACACCGUCGCCCGUUCACGCGCUCGCAGGAGGACGGAUCUUCUCAGAUGCCGGAUUUCACCUGGCAACAUUGGCUCCGAAGUAUGCCAGAGCGAGUCUGGGAUACGCUUGACGCCAAUUUCCUUCGCAAGCUCGUGGAAGGUUAUGACAUGAACCACAAAGAACGUUGCAUCGAGUUAUCUCAGGGCAUCGACCGAGAGGUUGACACCCGGGCGUACGGCAUAGUAGGCUGUAUCACUCCCUCCGGCAUCCCGUAUUUGACCACCAGGGGUGGCCCUCUCUGUGGACUCGAGUCCCUUUCUCUUCAGGGAUUGCCGUUAGAUCGAUUGAUACUUGCCCGCGAAACCCAGGCGGAACUUCAACAACUCGCUGGAAAUGCGAUGAGUUCGACGGUCGUUGGCGCUGCUAUUCUCUCUGCCCUUAUUGUGGGCCAUAAAAUACUCGAUAAAGGUAGUCGGCAGCCUCGUCCGAAGAAAGAUGUUCCGAAGCACAAACGGUUUGAGCUGUGUCACGAUCAUGAACUCGUUUCCGGCAGAAUUAAUGUCGACGAAACGGCCCAUGUAACCAUCUCCGAUAUCCAAGCUCAAGCCGCACGUAGCGCGAGAUACUGCGUGUGCGAACGUCAAACUGCCAUAAAGCGCGAGAUCCUUCGGUGCAAGCUCUGUGGUCAUACCGCUUGCUCGGACUGUGCCGGUAACCCGACUCAUGAUUAUCAAUGUGCUUCUGAAGUGGUGCGUGCCCAGCCGUUAGAUUUCGUCAGCCGACUCCGAAGCUCUCUCCCCGCCCGACUGGUUAUAUCCGGUAUUUUGCAAGAGCAUUAUGAUGUCUUCAAGGCGGACAUAUCGAUCGAUUGUCCCCCUAGUGUCUGGAAGAAAUUCUUAGACGCUGUAGCUCUAUUAAUGAGCGACGAGUUCCGUUUUGUCGACAUCAAAAGAAGUUCAGUGUGGACGGUCACCUAUGAGGGUAAGCAUGGAGUUAUAAGUCUUGUUGUCAGUGAUUCUUGGUCGUCUUGGUCACUCCAUGCAAAGCCCUCAGAAGAUGAACCUGUCGUCUGUCUCUUUCGCGAAAUUUUCUCGAAGCCAAUUGCACGCAUGACCCCCAGUCCCGAUUCCCUUCUGGAAGGCGAAUGGGAGAUUCUCUCUCCUAUCAGUUCAAAGUGUACGCUCACGUUUUCGGGAACUGAACAUCGCAUGGAAUCUUUCGAAGCUAAAUGUGGUAUUCAAGUGAAAGGCUUCCCUGAAUCCAAAGUAUGGACACAAAUUGCGGUCGAUGGCUCUGAUGAUGAUAUCGAAAGUUUUGGAAUAGACAUCCGAGGGACAUAUGAUCUUCUUCCUCACUGCGGAACAGCAAACGGUUGUUUGCAUAAGAAACCGGCCGUUGGAAAUUUUCCUGCAAUCUACUUCUUUUUGGAUCCCUCGAAGCUCGAUGAGCCAAUGUACGACUCAUUUGUUUUUUCUUUGGAGCAUGAACGGACUCUUGGGUAUGCACCUCGCUCAAUAAUCGCGGAAUUUUCUCACAAGUGGCGGUCUUCAAGUCUGGGUCCGAAGCCAGAGUAUACCAACGUGUACUAUCGUAAGGCUAUCAAGCUGCAAGCGGUCACGUUGGCUUCCUAUGUUCCGGAUGCUCCAAUCAUCUGCUCCAAUCUGAAGCCGCUCGCAUCAAUGGUGGUCAGUAAUCGGGACUGUCGUAGUGCGAAUAUCACCCUUCUCUCUUUUGAAGCACAAGCCACCACUAUCGAUUCUUUCUGGAAGAAGGGGCCAUGGGAGGUGGCUAAUCCCGUGGAAUCUCCCGCUCUACUUGGACAUGUUUCUUGGUUACUCCAAAAAGCAGUUGGCUUUUCUGCGUUCAAGGAUUGGAUCUCAGUCAACGAAGACAAAUUAUCGGGCAAGUCGGGAAGUCCUGUAUGUGGAGUGUGUGUACCAACGAAGCCCCGAAUCAUAUGGGGUCGCAGCACGAGAGGACAAAUCAAGGCAUACGAGGAUCCACACGAUGCAGCUCUGUACGAACAACAGAUCAAGUUCAGGCCUCCACCUUUUUUGGUAUUCCGUCAAGUCGACGAGUAUGAUACUGGACAUAUGCGCGUCACGCUCAACGUUCAGACUCUGUUGCAUCAAGCCUACGAGAAGCUCUUGAACACGAAUGACUCUGGCAACGCUUCUUUCUUCUGGCGCGUCGUGCCCAACUCUUAUGACUCGAGACAUCUCGUGUUCCCCAAUUUCAGCCUUGUCAGUAACAGAAACGAUGCUCAAAGCGCUCAGCCGCCUAACUUCCAACUCGAUCUGCGGCCUGAGCAGCUGCGCUCCCUCUCGUGGAUGAUUCACCGCGAGAGUGUUGAUAUUGAGCCUUUCAUCGAAGAAGAGGUAGAAGAGGCAUUGCUUCCUAUGCUGAUGUGGCGCGCAGAGGGCAAAGUAUGCGUCGAGAAAACCGUCCGCGGCGGUGUCCUAGCGGACGACGUUGGGUAUGGAAAAACAGCUAUCACUCUUGGACUGAUCGAUACUCAGCACAAUCAGCAGACUGAACUAGAGCUCAUAGAUGGCUUCAUCCCCACAAAUGCUACUCUCAUCGUCGUGCCCAAGAUCAUGAUCAAACAGUGGCAGUCCGAGAUCACAAAAUUCCUCAAGGAUACGUAUCGUGUGUUGGUGAUCGACGGACUAGCUGCAUUGGGAAGAAAGACCGUUCGAGAUAUUCAGCAGGCAGAUAUCAUCUUGGCUUCUUGGGCUGUCUUUAACAGCUUGAAUCAUUAUGAGAAAUUGCAACAGUUCACCGGCAUGCCACGAGUCCCGCCAAAGGCAGGCCGCAAUUUCGACGAUUGGUUUGUUAAAGCGCAUGCGGUUAUGAUGGAGCAGAUACAGCUCCUAGUGGAUCAAGGCCCCAGCACACGGCUUAAGGGAGACCAAUAUGUAGACAUUCGCCAAGGCCAGGACCCUGGGGCCGAAGCGGAGACUCAACAUGUCGAUUCAUCAAGUGAGGAUGAGAAGUCGGAUUCUAGCGAGGAGGAGGAGGAUCCCGAAGAAAUUCGGGCCAGAGUCGAUAGACUCCUUAAACUCCAGCCUAGGACAAUCGCCCCCACGACCUCGAAAAAGGAAAAAGAUGAUGAUAGUGACUCAGGAGAGAGCGAGGAUGAGGAAGGCCCGGCGGCAUCACGCUCAAGAAAAGCACAAGGCUCUGGUGAAAGGGGCCAAGGCGUGAAGCGCAAACGUGCACCGGUUAAGACGGCCAAAGUCUGGGACGAUAGAAAGGAGUUCGGCAUAAAUAACACCACUCAACAAAAUUGGACGACGGUCAAGCUUCCUCUUCUCCAUGCCUUCUCAUUCAACCGACUUGUUAUUGAUGAGUUCACUUUUGCGAACCCCGAACGACUGGUGCCUCUUCUCAAGCUUCAAGGUCGUUCGAAAUGGGUCCUAUCUGGCACACCGCCGCUGAACGACUUUGCUGAUGUCAAUACCAUUGCACCCUUCUUGGGCAUCCAUCUCGGUAUUGACGAUGACGACAUUCAAUCACAAAACGCACGACUUAAGAUGAUCCGCAAGCAGCGAUCAGACGCAGAAUCUUUCCAGGCGCUCCGGGCCCCUCGGAGUGAGGAAUGGCAUCGUCGACGACAUAGUAUUGCACAGAAAUUCUUGGAUGAGUUCACUCGUAAGAAUGUUGCAGAGAUAGGUGAGAUUCCGUCAUCAGAGCAUAUAAUUCUCAUCCAGCAAUCACCUGCCGAGACAGCGAUAUAUCUUGAGUUGUGCAAGCAGUUGAUGACAUACAACCGUUUGGGUCGUCGAGGUAGCAGAAAGGGUAUCAGGGGUGAUCAAGAAGAUAGACUGGAUGAAGUGAUUGGAAGCAGCAAAACAAGCGAAGAAGCCCUUCUCAAACGGUGUUCAUCUCUCGCUUUGCAGGGUCGCUGGCACAACGGUGUACCUGAAGCUCUCACCUGCAGCCUGCUGAUUGAGACUCGAUUGAAACAGCUCGAGUGCCUCAAGGAAGAACUCAUGCUGAAGUUCAAGCAAGCUGCGUGGGUAUACUGUGCUUGUGACUUGAGACAUGAAAAGUUCCACGAGUUCAUUGAGAGCAUAAAGGCGCACGAUUUCGGUGACAAGACUGUAACGGAAAAGAUAUACCCGCUCAUUAAGAGUGCAAUGCUCAUUUCAAAGACAGAUGACUGGAAGCUAUUCUUUUCUGAUCCAGCACAAGUCGCCGAGGACUUAUCUGAUGCAGAAAUGCGGGAUGAGACUGCGCUGAAAGAGGACAAUGACGGUGCCGGAGAAGAGGCCAGUAUACAAGCUUCAAAGCGUGGUACAAAGGGUGCAAUGAUUGUUAAGCAAGGUGGGAAGAAAGAAAAAGCACCAGAACUCCCAGUCAAGCCAACCCACAUCAGCGAGUUCAAGCUCACGCUGCGAACAGUCACGAGUGGUCUUCGAAAGCUGAUCCUUGAAUGGGUUGCACGGGAAAGGGCGCUCAGGCUUUUAGCGGCACUACACCUUGUUCAGACUGGGACAGAGAUUGCUGGAUGCAGUUCCUGUCAUUCAACGACAGAAACAGCGAACCGCAUCAACAUACUGGGCUCAUGCGGCCAUGUCCUAUGCUCACAAUGCACCCUGAAGACGAUUCAGAAAGAAGAGUGCAACGUUGAAGGCUGCCGGGGCUCAGGAAAAGAAUUCAAUGUCAUGGACGCGUCUACUCUUUUGCGCGAUGAGAAGGACAGAAUCACCAAAUAUGGCGGCAGCAAACUGGACAAGAUGAUCGAAAUCAUUCAGGCAGUUCCCACAAGCGAUCGAGUCCUCCUCUUCAUCCAGUUCCCCGAGCUUAUAGACGUGGCAUCCAAAGCUUUAGAACUAGCAAGGAUUAAGUACACUUCAAUCUUAGCGACUGACCGCAGAGCAGCACAGAAGGUCCAGCACUUUCAGGAAGCCGGUGGCUUUGGUGAGAACCAAGUGUUGAUUCUGAACUUGGGGAGCGAGAUGGCCGCUGGAUUAAACCUUCAGUGUGCAAACCACGUUAUAUUUCUCUCACCUAUGUUUGCUCAGACCCAGUACGACUAUGAUUCGUCGAUGACCCAAGCUAUCGGACGAGCCAGACGAUAUGGACAGACCAAGCACGUCUACAUAUAUCAUCUGUUGGCAAGGAUGACCAUCGACACUACCCUCUUCCAAGACCGUCGUGGGAAAGUGCUGGUCGAGAGAGAUGGCGAGGCCACCCUCGCGGCGAGGGAGGAAGUUGAGGAGUGGGAGGUGGUGAAAGGAGAGGUGAUGUCUGUUGUGGUGGACAACGCGUUCUAA